UAAAAAAAAAAAAAACUUUUUUUUCCCAUUUUAUCUCUUUUUCUUUUUUUUUUUACCAUAAUAACUUUUUUUAAAAUGAGACAUAGCCUUUUGAGUGAUGAAUUGGAUGAUAUCACGCAUGCUUAUGAUUAUGGCAUUGUACCUGGUUCAGCUACAGUAUUUGUACGCGAUGAGAUUAAUAAUAUUGGAAGAUUGGAUUUGACGUUAUUAGAGGGAGUGAUGAUUGUAGUGGAAGUAUCGAUAGAAGGGUACAAGGUUGCAUCAUGUUCACCACUUUCUAAUACAAAAGACGCCAUGUUGGCAGCACAGGUAGUACAAAGGAAUUUGGAAUUGCUUUUUGAAACAAUGGAUAAUUUACUGAUGGCGGUAUCCCCCUUGUUUCGUGAACGAUUUCAACAAGCCUUAUAUGAAAAGUUAGAAAGUGUUCAUCAUAUACAACAAGACCCAUCAUCACAAUCAGAUCUAAGUCAUGCGUUAUCACAAGAAGCACUGGAUGAUCUUCACAAUUGGAUACAUUAAAGUCUCUCUUUUUUUAUAUAUAUAUGUAAUUGUAAUAUAUUUUCUUUUCUUUGUUUUUUUUUUUUUUUUUUCAAAUCUAUAUAUAUAUACAAUUUUCCAAAAAAAAGAAUUGGGGAUGGGGGGGGGGAAUGCUUUUUUUUUUAAAGGAAACUCCACAAGGUACCAGUCAAA